AUGACGCAAACAACCCAAAUUGAAACCGACGCCAUCGUCAUUGGCGGUGGCUUUGGAGGCUGCAAUUCUCUCUACAAGCUCCGCGAGCAAGGUCUAUCCGUGAAGCUCAUCGAAGCUGGUUCUGCCUUUGGAGGCGUCUGGCAUUGGAAUCGGUAUCCCGGUGCUCGCGUCGAUACUGAGAUGCCCGCAUACCAGUUCAACAUCCCUGCUGUCUGGAAAGGAUGGAAUUGGUCGCAGCGUUUCCCAGGAGAUGUGGAGCUGCGCAGCUACUUCCAGCAUGUUGAUCAUGCCUUGGGAUUGAGCAAAGAUGCUUUCUUUAAUACUAUUGUUACCGGUGUGCGGUAUGAUGCUGGGUCUUGUCGGUGGACAGUCAUUACCAAUACUGGUCUGCAGGCGACUUGCAAAUUUCUCAUUGCUGCUACUGGGUCGUCGUAUAAGAAGCAUUAUCCUAAGUUCCAGGGGUUGAAUAUGUAUGCUGGAAAGCUUGUCCAUGCUGCGGACUACCCUGAGGACUUGGAUGUGACCGGCAAGCGGGUUGGUAUUGUUGGCAAUGGCGCCUCUGGUCUUCAGAUUGUCCAGGAUCUGGCUAAGAAGGACUGUCAACUCAACGUGUUUAUUCGCACUCCAUGCUUUGCCAUUCCUAUGAAACAGCGGGAGGUCUCCCCCGAAGAGGCUGAGAUGAUGAAAGGCUAUUAUGAUGGUAUCUUUGAUCGCUGUUACAAGUCUGAUUCUGGGUUCCCCCACAACACUCGCUUUCAAUCAGCUCAUCAAGCUACCCCCGAUGAGAGAAAGGAGUUGUUUGACGAGCUGUGGGCGCGCGGUGGAUACAGCUUCCUGGUCUCCAAUUACUACGAUUUCCUGCUCGACGAAAAGGCCAAUGCUAUCUUCUAUGACUACUGGGUCCAGCAAACUCGUGCUCGCAUGACGAACCCGGAAAAGAUGGACCUGGUUGCUCCGCUGAAGCAACACAUGUUGAUUGGAACGAAGCGGCCUAGUCUUGAGCAAGACUACUACGAGAUGAUUGAUCGUCCCAAUGUCAUACUUCACAAUUUGAAACAAUCCCCUAUCGUGGAGUUUGACUCGAUUGGCUUGGUGACUAGCGAUGGCAGCAUCACAAAACACCACGAAUUGGACAUUGUGAUCUGCGCAACUGGGUAUGAUGCCGUAACUGGUAGUCUCCUGGAUUUGGGAAUCACUGACAAGAACGGUCAGCCGUUGGAAGAGAAAUGGCGCCACGGCGUUCUCACAAAUCUUGGCCUGAUGGUUCCCGAUGCUCCAAACUUCUUCAUGGUCUAUGGACCCCAAGCCCCGACCUCUCUUGCCAAUGGACCGCCUUUCAUCGAGAUGGAAGUUGAUUGGAUUUGCAAGGCCAUUGCGAAAAUGAACAAGGAAGGCCUUCGGUCCAUUGAGCCGACACAGCAGGUAGCUGAGCAGUGGCGCGAUCAUGUUGCCGCCGUGAGUGAACAUACCUUGUAUCCAAGAACUGAUUCUUGGUAUAUGGGCUCCAACAUUCCGGGUAAACGUCGGGAGCCACUCAUCUAUCUUGGUGGCAUGCAACGCUGGUGGCAGAGCUGCAUGGAAGCUUUGGAAAACUGGAACGGAUUUAGCACGAAAUAA